AUGACUAAAGGAGCUGUUGUGAACGGCAUAGUACCGGUAAAAGGCGCGAAAGGUCACCCAGGAGAUACUGGUGAUAAGGAGCUACCAGGCCCAAUUGAUAGACAGCUGGAUAAGUGCUCAAGUGACACUCCACUGCUUCCGAAUUUUAAGAAAGCUCGUGAUGAUUUGAAUGGAUUUUUACAAGACUCUGCAUCUUUCAACAAGAGAAUAAUUUCAAUCGCAAAGAAUCUGGAAGGCAUUAAAAAUCGUUUUGGGAAGACUAUGAAUCGACACAUCCUGCAUAUGUUGAAUUCAGGUCUGUAA